AUGUUCAAGGAAAAGACUAUUGAGCAGAGUAAAACCCUGUCACAUAUCAGCAUUGAACUCAAAGAACUCAUCCGCACAGCAGAGUCACCUCAGUCAGAAAAUGGUGAUAUAGAGGAUUGGGACAGUGACUUGUCCUCGCUGUUGCUGCUGGUCUAUUUGCUCCCCCCUACUUCCCAAGGCCGGAGAAAGCCUGGGAGAUUAUCAGCUACACAUGCAAUAGAACACCUUGUGAGGUUUCUAAAGACUGGGAACAGUGUUCAGGGACAUUUAGAUGCCAUUGUCCAGACCUGUCAGCCAGCUUCAGUCUGUCGGGGUUGGUCAAGAAAAUUUGCAUAA